ACUUUAAUGUCCGUUUCUUUAUCAGUUAUAACCAGAUACAUUUUGAUAAAAAGUAUGUGCAUGGAUGACACGUAAAGUACAGGUAUGCACACAUUAAUACUUUAAUCUCUAUUACUGUGUCAAUGUUUGUCAGAUCUGUUUUAUUCUGAGUUAUCACCGACAUAACAGGACUAUGGGUGUCCUGUAUGGUUAUACAUUGUGACUCAUGGCUGCAGUACGUUAAAUCCAGCGAGAGCAGGAAUGGAUGACGUUACACUCGCCUCUGCUCAACACUUCAUACUUUGUACACUGUGUGAUGGAAACGUUGAAUAUCACUGCAAUACGUGUCAUGAUGACCUUUGUUCGACUUGUAGGAGGGGUCACCUGAGGAGUAACGCCACGAAAGAUCAUGAUGUCGUCAUCUACAGCGAGAAAAGGGUACAGUCAAACCCUGAGGAAAAAAGUGUACGGACGGAGCCUGGGGAAAAAUUGGUACGGAUGGAGCCUGAUGAAAGAAGGAUGCGGACGGAGCCUGAGGAAAAAAGGGUACAGGUGGAGCCUGAGGAAAAAUGGGUAUGGACGGAGCCUGAGAAAAAAAGGGUACAGGCGGAGCCCGAGGGAAAAUGGGUAUGGACAGAGCCUGAGGAAAAGAAGGUACAGGCGGAGCCUGAGGAAAAAAGGCUACAGGCAGAGCCUGCGGAAAAAUGGGUAUGGACGGAGCCUGAGGAAAAAAGGGUACAGGCGGAAUCUGAGGAAAAAUGGGUAUGGAUGGAGCACGGGAAAAAAAGGGUACAGGCAGACCCCAAGGGAGAAGACAAUAAAUCCAAAAUCCUUACAAGAAGAAAUAGUGAAACAGGUGUGAGAACAGUACAUUCAGAAUCUGUGACAGAGAAGAACAGACUCAAUGAAGAAAACGUUGGCAUUUCUGUUACAGAGCUUAGAAAGGAUGAUGUAUCACUGAAGCCGGCACAAUGUGCAAAGAAGGACGAUAACAGUAAAAUUACAAAAACAGUUGAAAAGAGGGAAUUCUCAGCUCAGUAUGCCACCGAAAUCUUAUCAACGACUCCCUUCCCCGAAUCCAAAGACAGUUCAAAUGAUGAUAAACCAGAUCUAGUGUCGGCUCAGUGGGCCAAUGUCACACAGUCUGAUGAAUCGUCCAACCUUAUCCCCACUUUGACAUGGCAGAAAACCAUCCGUCUGCCGAUCUUGAACUCAUGUCAUAUCUCAUGUGUUCCCUCCAAUAAAAUAUGGGUCAGCGAUGUGAGUGGUUUCCUACACCUGUUGGGUCUCCAUGGAAACGUCCUGGAAACUUUACAAACUAGAAGUGGUGUUGGUUUUCACACAGUGACAUCAGAUGGAGUGCUUCUUUACACUGACACAGAAAACAAACGAAUUCUCAAAGUUCAGAUCAAACAAACAAGUUCACGUGUUUCUAAAACAAGCAUAAAGGCGGUCACUUUCAGGAAAACUGGAAAUUGGACGCCCCUUUGCAUUUUUUCCUCGCGCUAUACGGGAGAUCUUCUCGUAGGAAUGUUAAACGGGGGACGCGCCAUGGUGAUGCGGUAUGACUGCAAGGGAAAUGAAAAACAACAGAUUGAGUUUGACAACAACAACACAGCCCUUUACAGUCUUCCUCAGUUUGUGACAGAAAGCGCGAACUUAAACAUUAUUACAUCAGACCGGACGGCAGUGGUGGCGGUAGAUCUCAAUGGUGGGAAGCGGUGGUCCUACUCCGGUCCCACUAAAACUGGAAGCGGGUUCCUCCCUACUGGAAUAUGCUGCGACAUGCUACUGAACAUCGCUGUAGUCGAUAUCUACAGCAACAACGUGUAUUUGUUGGACCGGGACGGUGAAUUUUUGGGGCGCCUGUUGGUUUUGGGUAAUUCCUGGAUUCCACAAGGGCUGUGUUUUGAUGAAGAAAACCGGUUAUAUUGUGGUGAUCGCUCAAGAAUUCUGGUGUACAAGUAUGAACACACUAUGGCUUGAUCGAUUUCACACAACUUAUUAACGUACACUAUAUCAUCAUCAUCCUCCUCCUCCUCUUCCUCCUCCAUUUUGAUUAUCCAGGCCAAAUGUAUCCUGUUGCAAGAGUGAGGCCAGUCUGUCCUGUCGAAGUUUGUUUUUCCAUUAUUGGUUAUCCAGUGGAUUGAUCCUAUCCAGUCCUGUAGACUCCAGGUUUCAAUUUCAUCCGAUGUCAGCUUUGGUCUACCUGGAACUCGAUAUCCAGUGACAUUCAAUGUAUGAACCUAUGAUAUCCAACCUGUACUACGCUCAUCAUGGCCUAACCAUCUCAGUCUAUAUGUCUGGAUACCAUCAGUGAUGUUAAGCUGAGUAAUAAGAGACCCAAAGGUGACAUUCACUUCAGGACUGAGAAGGCAGAUCCAUCUUAUCAUGACUUUGUUGUUACGUAUUAGUUUCCCUAGAGUGGCGGCUGUUAAUGCCCAUGUUUCAGAACUAUAUAGCAACACAGGUCUAAUGUAAGUUGAAUACAGAUGGUCUCUGGUUGCGAUUCCUCUACAUUUCUUAUGGACCCAGCAUGAGCAGCUGUUACAGAUGGAGUUCCUUGCCUGUGCCUUUUAGGCAGACUGAACAUGGGUACUUUUCUGAUCUUCUCAUCGAUUCCAUAUUCAAGCCUGAUAUCAUCAAUUUGGUCUUGCCCACGUUGACCUCGAGUCCUUUCUUCACCAAACUGUUUUGAUACACCCGUCAUUAGACGGGACGUAUUAUGUUAUAGCACUGUCUGUCUGUCCAGGGUCAUGUAUUCCGAACGGUUUUCCAUAACGGAUGCAUGUUCAACUUUGAAAUUUGGUCACAAUAUCUCCCUCAAGAAUUGUAAGAGUGAGUUUGCAUUUCAGCUGGAUUGGUCCAUUAUUGACCUACUUUAGGGCUAUAAGUAGGUCAAACAGUUUUCCGGACUUUUUUUCGUUACAGAUACAGAUAUUACCCUGAAAUUUACACAUAAGCUUCCUUUUAGAGGAAUACAAAUUCAGUUUGCAUUUCAGCUGGAUUGGUCUGUCCGUCCAUGACCUACCUUAGGACUAAAAGUAGGUCAAACAGUUUUCUGGGCUUGUCUUCAUUAUGGAUGCAGAUAUUGCACUGAUAUUUAGUCAAAGACUUCCUCUUGGAGGAUUACAAGUUCUGUUUGCAUUUCAGCUGGAUUGGUCUAUCCUUGACCUACCUUUGAGCUAAAAAUAGGUGAAAGUUUUCCGUUUUUUUUUUAAUAUUACGGAUACAGAUAUUACCGUGAUAUUUAAUCAAAGGUUUCCUCUUGGAGGAAUAAAAGUUCAGUUUGCAUUUCAGCUGGAUUGGUCCAUCCUUGACCUACUUUUUGGAAAAUUAGGUCAAACAGUUUUCAAGGCUUUUUUUUUCAUUACGGAUACAGAUAUUGCCCUGAUGUUCAGUCAAAGGCUUCCUCUUGGAGGAAUAUAUGUUCAAUCUGCAUUUCAGCUGAAUUGGUCUUUCCUUGACCUACUUUUGAGCUAAAAAUAGGUCAAACAGUUUUCUGGUGUUUUUUUUUUUUCAUUACGGAUACAGAUAUUGCCCUGAUAUUUAGUCAAAGGCUUCCUUUUAGAGGAAUACUAGUUCAGUUUGCAUUUCAGCUGGAUUGGUCCAUCUUUGACCUACUUUUGGACUAAAAAUAAGUCAGACAGUUUUCAAGGCUUUUUUUCAUUAUGGAUACAGCUAUUGCCCUGAUAUUUAGUCAAAGGCUUCUUCUUGGAGGAAGACAAGUGCAGUUAACAUUUCAGCUGGAUUGGCACACUAUGACCUACAGUACUUUAGGGGUAGAAGUAGGUCAAACAGUUUUCCAGAUUUUUUUUUAUAGUCACAGGUAUUGCUCAAAAAUGCAGUCACAACCUCCCUUUCAGAGAAAUACAAUCAACAACACUUUCAAACAUUUCAACUUAAUUAGUGCACCAUGACCUACUUUAGGGCUAAAAGUAGAUCAAAUGGUUUCCUGGACUUUUUAUCAUCAUAGAUAGAUAUUGCAUUGACAAAUUGUCACAACCUCACUCUCAGAGAAAUACAUAAUCAGUUUACAUGUCAGAUGGAUUGGUGCACCAUGGCCCACUUUAAGGCUUUUCUAUUCAGAAUGUGUGUUGUAUCAAUUCAGAGUGCACAAUAUGCUUCCAGGUUGAAUUUCACUGUACGAUGGGUGUAUAUUGUACCGUUUGCAGUACUCCUGUUCCUCUUGGCCACGCUUUUGAUCAGCGACUUAAUGGAGGUGUCAACAACUGCUAGAUUGUCAGCAUACAGGAGCUCCCAAGGGCAGCUUGUACGAAAUUGGAGUGAUAGUGCUUACACCAACCUUGACAUUAAGCUUGUCACUAUAGCCAUCUCCUACACGAACGUCGACUUCUUGCAUCGGAGUACAUGAUCUGCACAAUCUUGACUAACCAUUCAUCAAUACCUAAUUUGCGCAUCGCACACCUGAUGAUUUUCCUAAGUACUUGGUCGAAUGCCUUCUCCGGGUUAAUGGCGGCCAAGUAUAGGGGUUUGUUGGCUGUGAUGUGUUUUUCUUGCAUUUCUUCCAAUAUACUUGGAAUAAAUCAUCUAGAGGAA